CAUCACUUCCUUCCUUUGUCGUUGUGCGGAGUUUCGACACCCAUCCCCAAAACUCAGCCUCAGGUUGGCUCACCGCAGCGCAAAACAGAACCACCCUUGGGCGCGUCGUAAAAGGCAUCGUCUUGACAAAUGUGGCCGUUUUUACCUUGUUUAACAGUGCUGUGGUCGUGGACCCCUCUCUUUCACGCUCAAACGACGGGAGCUUGGCUUGCUGCCCCUCACAUCUCCUUGGAUCUAUCAGCCGGCUCACCAGUGCUUGAGGGCUCCACGACGAUGUUGUGUGCAGCUCCACAAAACUCCACAGGCAGCCGCUUCCUGCUGUACAAGGAGCGAACGUUCAUCGAUCAUCAAGAAGACCACCGGGGGGGACUGAAAGACGUCAAGUUCAUCCUGGACAAUCUGUCUGCCAGCAAUGAGGGCAAUUACUGCUGCCAGUUCCAGACCUUCGUCGCUGGCCAGUGGACCAGCAGCCCCUUCAGCUCCUAUGUAUAUUUAAAGAUCAGUGCAGUUCAGCCUGGCCUUGGUAAGCCCUCCAUCAUGGUGACCCCUCCUGAUGGUGCUGUCCACAUGGGAGAAAAGGUGAAGAUCCGCUGCACGGCUCCCAAGGCUCCCAAGGCCCAAGCCCAAAUGACUUUCCUGUUGAUGGAAGGCGAGAGGAAGAAGAAGCGCGUUGUUGCUUCACAGCACCCGUCCACCGGAGCCUCAGAGGUGACCUUCACAGUGGACAGCACAGAGACGACAUACAGCUGCAUGUAUCAAGUGGAUAUGCCAGGCGUAGGGUUCACCAACUCCAGUAGCAGCACCAGAGUGAAGAUCACGGUGAAACCGCACACUCGUUCUCCACAAGUGAAUGUCGUCCCUUCUCAAGCAGGUUACACAACACCCGCUGAAAUAGAAGCUUAUGUCUCCCUGCCAGGUCCAAAGGGGGCGCUGAUCGCUGGAUCCUUCGCGGCGGCCACCUUACUUGCAGCCAUUCUGGCCCUCCUGGUGAUUUUGGUCCUUAUGAGAGUGAAGGCCACACAGAAGACGAAGAAGCGGAGGAGAGAAACUCCCCUCUGGAGCAGCCUGCACACGGCCGAAGCCGUCAUCGGUCUGGGAUCGCCCCCCGGGAGACGCUGGUGAAGUGGCCAGGAGCCGCAGCACAGCAUGCGAUGACCCGAGACGGCCGCCCUGAUGUUACGGGGUCUCCAUUACGGAUGUCGCGGCUGGAGGGCUGUGGCGAGGGACUUGCUUUUAAUGUUUUGUUCAUUCGAGACCCCGGUUUGACGGCACUUCUGUGUGAACAGUUUACCGGUUUUGUAUUUGGAAUGUCGCAUUUCGCAACGCCCUCCCUAUUUUGCCGUCUCUCUCUCUGUUUUAUGUAGCCCCCAUUUCGUUAUGAAACUCUUCACAAUGAGAGACAAUUAUUAUUUAAUAAAAAAAAUGCAACAUUUAUA